AAGAAACAGAGGGUUUAAUACUGGCUGCACAAGAACAGGCACUAAGAACAAAUGCAAUUAUUAGAGCAAAAGUCAAAAAAUCAACAACAGCAAGUGCCGCCUUUGUAAAGAAGCAGAUGAAACCGUGGACCACCUAAUCAGCUCAGCUGUUGUAAAAAGAUCACACAGACUGACUGCAAACAAAGACAUGACAAGGUAGCAGGGAUGAUACACUGGAACAUCUGCAAAAAAUACAAGCUACUUGUAGGCAAAAAUUGGUGGGAUGAUAAAAUUGAAAAAGUUGAAGAAAAUGAAGAUGUAAAAAUAUUAUGGGACUUUCAACUACAAGCAGACAAACAUCUGCCCACAAUACACCAGAUAUAACUGUAGUCGAGAAGAAAGAAAAACAAGUCAAAAUAAUCAACAUAGCAAUACCAGGUGAUAGCAGAAUAGAAGAAAAAGAAACCGAAAAAAUUACAAAGAUCUACAAAUUGAAACUGAAAGGCUGUUUCAGAAGAAGACCAAAAUAAUCCCAGUAGUAAUUGGCACCCUAGGUGCAAUUCCAAAAAAUCUUGAAGAGCACCUCAGUACCAUUGGGCCCACAGCUGCCCUGUCUGUCUACUCAAAAGGUGUGAAGGAACUGCUAUGUAGUCAGAAUGGAUUCCCGCUCCUGGGAACAGGCUGGGUUGCCAGCUUGGAGGAUUUUGCCUUCUAUAACUCAGAGGCAGAGCAUCUGCUCUGCAUGCAGAAAGCCACAGGUCCAACCCCUGGGCUGGGGAAGAAGACUCCUGCUUGGAACCUUGGAGAGCCGCUGCCAGUCAGUGCAGGCAUUCCUGAGCCAGAUGGACUAAGGAUCCGACUCGGUAUGUGGCAGAAGAACACCAGCUCCGCCUGCAAAAGGAGAUCCUCCCAGCCAGGUCCUCUCCCUGUAGCAUCUCCAGGUUUUUAGGAGUCAUGCCCGCGUACAGCGCCCACGAAGACGCGCUCACAACCAAGCUGGUGACCUUUUAUGAAAACCUCCAGGAUCCUUCCGUUCCUUCCCAUCAAGCCACCGUGCUCCUCUUUGAGCCCAGCAACGGCACCCUCCGAGCUGUCAUGGAUGGCAGCAUUAUUACAGCCAAGCGGACCGCUACAGUUUCUGCAAUAGCCACUAAGUACUUAAUGCCGGCUGAUUCGGAAGUCUUGUGCAUCUUGGGGGCCGGCGUUCAAGCCUAUAGUCACUAUGAGAUCUUCACGGAGCUCUUCUCAUUUAAUGAGGUAAGGAUCUGGAAUCGCACCAAGGAGAAAGCCGAGAAGUUUGCUUCCUCAGUUAAUGGACCAGUCCAAGUGUGCUCUUCUGCUCAGGAGGCUGUUACUGGGGCAGAUGUGAUCAUAACGGUGACAAUGGCAACAAAGCCAAUUCUGCAUGGAGAAUGGGUGAAGCCUGGAGCCCAUAUCAAUGCAAUUGGGGCAAGCAGACCUGACUGGAGGGAGCUGGAUGACGAAGCGAUGCGGAACUCUGAGUUGUACGUGGAUUCAAGAGAGGCGGCGCUGCGUGAAUCAGGGGAUGUUAUCUUAUCAGGGGCCAAGAUUUUUGCAGAGCUGGGUGAGGUGCUGUUGGGAACGAAACCAGCCCUGCGUGAGAAAACCACCGUUUUCAAAUCGCUGGGGAUGGCAAUUGAAGACACCGUUGCAGCAAAAAUGGUCUUUGACUGCUGGUCAGCUGGCAGCUAAAAAGGAAGAUCUGCUAAUAUCCAGAGCGAAGAAACAAUCAAGAAAAUAAAGUAGCAUUUAGAGUGGAUGUUCUUUCCCCACAAUUUCUUUGAUCAGAAGAGUGAACACUGUUAAAGACUGUAGCCCUUACUACCUGGGCUGGUUCAGAUGUAACACGGAACCAAGAUUGGAUCUUCAUUAUGUGUGAUGGCCCGUAGCCUCGGGUGUGUAUGCUUCUCCCUCCCCUCCACCAUGAGGGAAGGAAGUUUUCUACCUCCGAUCCUGGCUUAGAACAAGCCAGGAUCUCUUGAUAUGCCUGAGCCAGGCAAUCCUGUCUUAUUCUAGCCAUGAUUUCAAAAUAAACCAGGAUCUGAAACUGGGAUUGUUUACCAGCUUCAGAUCUGGCUUAAGGUGGGUUCACACAUAAUGUGGCACCUGAGGCCCAAACUCCCACAGCCUUGAAAACACACAAGCCUACUUCUCGUCUCGGUAACGAUAUGCCAAGGUUGAGUUUGUCAUAUGAAUCCACUAGUCUUGGCAAAUCUUUCUGUACUCAUGGCAGGGAACCUGACAUAUGUAACCUAACUUUGAAGUGAGGGACAGAUGUCCAGUUCCCUGCCGCAAGUAGGGUAAGAUACGCCAAGACUGGUUGAUUCAUAUGACACGCUCGGUCUUGGCGUAUCGUUACCAAAACUGAAAGUAGAGUCCACGGUGCUGCCAGGGCUGUGGCAGUUCGCAGUAAUCUCAGGCGCUGUGUUAUGUGUGAAGCACUCUUAUUUUGAAAGUGCAGCCAGACUAAGCCAGAAUUGUCUGAUUCGGGCAUAAUGAGAGACCUUGGCUUCUCCUAAACCAGAAUCAGGAGUUGAAUCCUUCCUCCUCCGACACAUACCCAAGGCAAUGGGGUGUCAUGUGAAGCCAGGAUUCAGUCCCAGCUCUGUGCUACAUCUGAACUGGCCCCUCCUUGUCUUUCCUUGAGGAAGGAAGAAUUAGAAUAGAUGCAAGAACUGGGUAAGUUAGGCAUGCCUAACUUUUGUACUGGCAGUAGCCCAUCUUUUUCUGAGUAUUGUUUGGUAGUAAGACAGAGUCCGGGUGGGUCCUGACGCAUGCUGGUCCAGAGCUCAGUUUCUCUUCUCUACUUGUCUGGCUGCGGUGGGAGAAGGUGGGACAAACAGAGUGGAAGCAAGAUGGUGGCCAAGUCCAUGGCAGUCAAUCAUGCUGGCCAGAGGAGUCCUAGGACUGUGAGGAAGCAAUAGUCAGAGGGUAGGGCAAGAGUCCUACUCAAGUCUGGGAGCUGGGCACACUCCAUAUUCUGCUCAUAUGCGAGUUAAAAGCAAGGUUGGGGGCACCCUUGACGAUCCUGUGCUCAUCAAGCAGCAGUGGGGCCGGAGGACUUUCCCUCCUACCUCCUUAAAGAGCUGGGAGCUGCUGCUGGGAGAUCCCUCCACCUAGUACCCAGGAGCGACACCCAGCUUUUUACGGAGGUAGGAGGGAAAGUCCUCCAGCCCUGCUGCUUCUUAGCACAUGAUCAUCAGUGGUGCAUCUGACCUUAUUUUUAACUUGCUUACGGGCAGAAAAUGGGAGUUUGCCCAGGCAGCUCCCAAACGUAGGUAGGAGGCUUCCCCGACCCUCUUCAUAAUGGAGUGAACCAGCCUGUGCUGGAUGGACCAAGGGUCUGACUCGGUAAAAGGCAGCUUCCUAGGUGCCAGUGGGGAUUUUUGCAGAGAACCAGCCGGUGGUGGUUAGGGUCCAGGAAUCGGUUAUCUUCAAGGAUGAAUCUGCUCUGAGAGUGAAUUAUUGGUAUGCUUUAUUGCCCCAGGAAACACUCCUUGCCUGAGACACCUUUGUGCUUUUGUAGACCUGUUUCUAUUUCAAAAGGAAUAUCAAUAAACAAAUUUCUACUCCUUA